AUGUUCAUCCGCAGAGCUAGCGAGAACGAGCCCGGAGUGUCGCGAACUGAUCUGGCACCACCGGCGAGGCCUCUUCCAUGGCCCAGCAAAAGGGCAACGUCAAGGCGUUUCUUGGUGUCGUUGCACCCGUGUACCUGGCACCGCUGCUGUUCAUCAAGAACCUGGCGUUGCCAUGUGCCGUGCUCCUGGUGGUGCUGUUCACAGUCUUGGAGACACUGCCGCUGCCCAUUGUGUCCCUCGUGCCAUGGGCAGCCACGGCCUUACUCGGCCACUCCACGUCAGGCUACGAGGACGUCCUCGAACUCAGUAGCGAGGAACUGGUGUCACUGACGGGCUUCCUGAUUGUGUACGUGCUGGUGGACUCGACGCGGCUGUGGACGAAGCUGUCGGCGCUACUUCUCCGGUGGCAGGGCGUACGCGUGGGACCGCUGUUUACGUCGCUCAUGUUCGUUGCCUUCGCGGCUUCACUCGUGCUACCGGCGACGUUCGUCAUCCUCCUGCUCGCUGCCUUCGUGUGUCAGCACAUGGAGAAUAUAAAGGCACGUGAAGACAACAGACAAUGA